GGAAAUCAAAGACCAGAAUCAAUCCAAAUGGUACAAACGGAUGUACGACACUAUACAUAAGCAGAAACCACAUAGCGACGAAUUGGUCACGGUUCGAUAUAGACAAAAAAGAGCACAAUAUCCGUACACUUCCGGUUACCUGUCGGAACCGGAACCAGGGGCGUACGAUAGCGACUUCACGGAUUACAAGUACCAAACAUUGGAUAGGAAAAGGACGCAGAUGCAGGAAAAAGUACCUUAUGUCACGUCUACCAUGCCCAGGCCUUCCACGCAAAGAUCAUCAUCGUCGGACAUUCUCAGAAGUUCACAUGAUUUCUACAAAAACCAACCCGGUAGGAUAGAAAACUAUACUCCAGGGCAUUCAUCGAUUUCUGAAAAGGAAGCAAAAGAGUGGUGGGACGAAGUUAUGGAUAUAUUCGACGGGUGGCUGGAUGAUAACUCCGCUUUGCCAAGUUACGAAGCCAUGUUCGCCACAGCUCUCUCAAGAUCCCACCUGGAGCAACAAAAACGGAUGCAACCCCACCCCAGAAGUUUCAUCAACCAGGCACUGAAGGAAUCUGGUUACGAAAGCGACUCAACUCUAGUAUUCAGGAGGAAAGAAAAAGGCGACCUCCAACUCAGUCCCAAGGAACAGAAGGAGGCGUAUAAGGUGAUUCAGAAAGGAGGCGAUGUACCACUUAAAGGUUUGAGAAAGCUUGCACCGGAAAGACCAAAAGAAACGGACUUUGUGGAGUUUUUCCCGAUUUCCCCCACCCUAACGCGAGUAAGAAUUCACAAAAAUAUCAAACCGCAGAAGGAAAUACUCUGCUACCCCGUUACAGUCCAUCAUUCUCAAGGCUCCUCUUUAGACUACAAAAGAACCGGUCCAUCCUUUGCCAUACCUGCCCCGCCUCCAAUUCCACCCCCUUCCCCUCCUAGAAGACGAUCUUCCAGAAAUAACCCCACUUUGAGAUUCGUUUCCACGAUGAAGAUCAAGUCCGACAAGUCUCCCGUUUGCAAAAGACACGAGACGUGCUUCACCACUUCUUCCAGCACCGAUAAAUCAAACGUCAAAUAUCUCAAGGACAAAAUAACUUGCAAGCUCUCACCAACUCUGAGUAAACGCAGCUCCAGCCCGAAGAUGAGCAUUUCUAAGAAAAUCACUACCACUUCUGACAUGAAAGGCAGAAUAACUUCGAGCGUAACUACUUCCAGGGAUGGUAGGUCAUCCUCGAGAAAUAUCCAGAGCAAGACGAAUGUUCAUAGCGCCAUAGGCAGAUCUAAGUCCACUGACUCUGUGAGGAAUCUUGCCAAGUUGUCCACGCCUAGGAAAAGUCCUAGCUCUUCAGUGGAAAGCUUGAAUUUGGUGAAGGUAGUACCCAAAACUUUUGCGUCAGAGAAACGUAAGUUCAACCUGAAUAUAAGGGCUAGUAAACUCGCUAAGUCACCAGAUCUCUUAUCCCCCACAGAGGUGAAGAAAGCAACGAUGACUCUCCCUGCUGGUGCGCAUUACAAGAAAUCUAACCCACUGGUAGCUUCAGGUAGAAAUGUCAAAGGUAAAGAGGCUGUCAAGGGUAAAACCAGCACUCCUUCUUCUCCGAAGCUUCCAAAAAGAUUAUCUCCGAGUCUUUCUACGUCUUCUGAGAGGUCAAAAGUCAUCAAGUCAUCCCAGGAAUCUCUAAGCUCACCCAGAAUGGCUAGAAAAGGCAAAGACAUCGUUAAACCCUCCGUUAAAGCUGAUAUUAUAGUUAAAGGAGACAAGGCGAAGAAAGAAAAAAUAAACGAUGAAAUAAAAAAAGAUAAAAAUAUCCAUAAAAAGGAUGUGCUUUUAGAUAAAUCGAUAACAGCAACCAGUAAAACAACCGUAAGCAAACAUCAGAAUUACAGUGCCUCUACCCUGAGUGACCUCAGAAAACAUAGAAGCGCCAUCCAAAGUGACCACUUUUUCCAACAUCUUCUCCUUAGAGAUGUAUCUCCAACUCCCUCUAACAUUAGCAGAAACUCUUGGAUAGUCGAGAAAACCAACCAACUUGCCAGAAGAUCGUCUUUCUCGGAACCCAGCAUCAGCGCCAUGAAAGUGUACCUGAAACAUACAAAACCCGUAACCGAUUCCAAAUUCAUCAGUCUGGAUAUGGCCACGAUACGCUCCAGAUCUGUCAGUCCAAAAUCAGUGAGCUUCGGCCAGAGCGCCAAGCCAAAAGAUACAGCUCCGACUAAGCGCAGUGCAAGUUUACCCCCCAAGCUAAUAUUUUCACAGACUAGCAGACCGGUGUCUCCCUUGGUGCAACGCAAAAAACUAGUAUCUCCUCCCCCGUCUCCUAAGCUGUGCAGAUCUCCGUCUUGCCGGAAAAUCAUGCAGUUCAAGCACCUCCAGCUGGACAAAAAACCGCCCGAAUACAGCUUGUAUAUGUGUCCAAACUUGAACCACAGCACCACGUCUUUGGACUCUUUGAAGAGCGAGGAUUAUCAAAAGUAUUUCCAUGAUCUUGUCCAGUCUGGUAAGCAAAGUGGCAAGUUCAAAGACCUGAACCAGUUCUACUCUGAAAUAGAGAAGGUAGGGAAACUUGAACGCUCCUGCAGUUUGAAGCCCAGAAAGAGAUGUGAGGGCGAGAUCAUAGAUUUUGAGAGAUGGAGAGAAGUCCGAACCAGGGAACGAGCUGAACGAGAGUUGGGGUUGCUGUAUAACCAAAUAAGGGCGGAGGAGAAGGAAAAGGGAUUCCUGUACCUACCCAAAGAUGUUGCCAAAUACAAAUGGAAGAGGGAGUUCGACAGAGGGCUGAGAAUCAAAGAGAAGUCUGUUGAGGAUAUCAAGGAAGAAUUCGAAAAGAUAAAAGAAGAAGAAUCGGAACGGGAGAACUCCAAACGCAGGGAACUCUCCUCUCUGAAAGAUACCUACAAACCUCUGUGGCGAGGAACUUCCGUGGUGGACAUAGCAAAUACCAUAGUAGAACGCCGAUCACAGUCUGAGGGUAGAAUCAAGACGGCAAGGCAGAGGCUGUUGGAUUCAGAGAAGCUGCUAACUCACGGAAUCGGUAGCAGAAUCUGGAGCAGCUUGUCUAUGGAGCAGGUAAACAUCCUGAAGGAACAGCUUGCUGAGAUAUACAACAACGUUCCCAAAGAGAAAGAAGAUUGCUCCAUCGAUGUACCUAAAGACAACAAGUUGACUUAUGUUCCAACCCUUACAGUGCGGAGAAACUCAGAUUCCUCCGAGCAGAUGUUCAAAGCACCAGUGUCGAAAAGCUCUGACAUGUCUGAAGACGACAAGAAGAUAAUCUCUCAGAGUUUGAGUAAAGAACUGCUGCAGAAGUUGGGAAGUUACCGCAGAGAGAAUAAAUCCGCCUUACCCGUAGUUGUUGGAAGGGAAAUAUUAGGCGCUGUAGCUGCUGCAGAUGCUAAAGUGAAAACUGAGCUACCUGCGAAAGCUCUGGUGAAAAGCGACGCUUUAAGUAACAGAAAAGUAUCUUCCACAAGUGAAACUGAGAGUGGGAGUACCGACGAAAGUACUAGAACUGUUAUCUGCGCAGAUAAGAGUGAUGAGAUCAAGAAGAAAGUGGAGUAUUUUGAAAAAGCUAAAGAGCUGGAAGCUUACACUCCAACCAUAUACAAGCCUGCUGACACCUACGAUAUUUCUGAGCCUCAAUGUGAGGAGAAAGCUGAAGUACCCGGAGAAAAAUCCAAGUUAUUCCAAUCCAAGUCAUGUCAGAGCCUCAAGGAUUACUUUGGUGAAAAGGAUCUUGUUAAGUUCGCCACCAUACCGCUUUCAGCUACGAGGAAGCAAAAGUUCACACCCAAAAAGCCUGAGUUGCGCGCCACAGAUAUGAGCCCCUUGAGAUCAGAGCUAUCAGCAACAACUAGCAAUGACAGUCUUUGUAGAAGCAGGUCCAUUUCCCCUUAUGAAAAGCAAUCUUCAGGAAUGACUGGUGAAGUGAGUCGUCUCAAGCAUAGAUUUGAAUACAUAGAAGAUAUUUUUGGAGGAAGUACCCUCAAACGAUCCAGAAGCGAAUCUGAUCUGCAUAGAAUCUACCCCGACAUCAACGUAGGCUAUGUUGACAGUUUGAGGAGAAAGUACGAGUACCCCGCAUACUCGGGGAGGGGGAGAAGCCGUACGAGAAGAGGGGGUGUCGUUUCCCCCCUCUUUUUGAGGGCUGAAGACAGAUUCAUGCCACAUAUCAAUAUCAUCAGCAAGAUAGCGAGUUUGUACACCAAAAAAGGAGCAAAGGGCGAGGGACACAUCAGAAGGAGCGUUGAAGAGUUAGCAGAGAUACUCGGGUGUCCAGUUGGUGAAGUGGAGAAGCUGAAAGAAAAGUAUGAUAGUCAGGAUGAUAUUUCUUUGGUGGGGCAUAUGUACACCUCCUCUCCCAGCAUUCGGGAACUGAAAGAUAUUGCUCCUUAUCUCACAGCUGAUUGGACAGCCCAUCGUUAUCCUAAGUUGGAGGAUAAUACAAGAUCCCUUUCGUCUCCCGAGCAUUCUGUGGCUUCUAGAGAUACCUCUCUAGUACGCAGAGAUAGAGCUAGACCCAAAUCCAUCUCCCCACCACCUAAAACAAAGAAAUCCCCUUCCAUUCUCAAACAUGUCCACCAGAAACAUCGGUCUGCGGAUUUUUUCCAAAAUCAGAAGUAUGAUCCGAAGAUUCACGAACCCGUUGCCCGAUACCGGCCGAAAGACGUGGCAAGGUACAAAAAUGGGUGGAGUUUUUGCUCGAAACCGACGGUUUCCUUUAAAGACCCAGAACCUCCAAUACCGCCACCAAAGGGGCACUAUGCAAGAAGUCUAGAUCCAGAAUCUCCAAGGAAGUAUGUGGAGAACGAAGUGACCAUCCACUACAAAACCCCGGUACGUCAAGAAAUCAAAGAGUUCUUAAGCGAAGACGAAUUAGCUCACCGUCAGGCGGAAGCAAUGAAGAGAAUCUACGAAGAAGAAAGGCAGAGGAAACAUCUACAGGUUAGCAAGUCACUUCAAGAACUUCGAGAUAUGCACUCCAGAAGACACACCGACAACUUCAUUCCUUCUCAAAAGUCUCCAAUCUCUCUUAACCGAUACGACGAUUUCGAUGAUUUAGCGCCCUCUCUUAAACUACUGCCAAAGUCGCCAGAUCCACGUCUCUGUGCUCGAGCCCUGUACAACUUUGUUGGCCAGACUGCAAGAGAGUUAACUUUCAGAAAAGGGGACAUAAUCUACAUAAGAAGACAGAUCGACAAAAACUGGUACGAAGGAGAAUUAAAUGCCAUGGUCGGUCUGUGUCCUACCAACUAUGUUGAGAUCAUCCCCUUCGAAGGAAGCAAACCGACUCCCCGUAAGGCCCACGAAGGCAAGGCUCGGGCAAAGUACAAUUUCGUGGCCCAAACUCAUCUGGAAUUGUCCCUUGCUAGAGGUGAAUUGGUUACCAUAACCCGAAAAGUCGACGACAAUUGGUUCGAAGGAAAAAUCGGUGGAAGAAAAGGUAUUUUCCCAGCCAACUACGUGGAAGUCCUGAUUGAUCCCCAAACGCCUCCCGCUCCCAGUGCAAAACCAGUGGCGGCACCGGCUGCCCAUUCUCUCCUUCUGAACGGUUCUUCAGGCGGAAAAGAAUCCAUGGGCUCCCACUGUUACACCCCCACGCUGCCCAACGCACAGCUGACCACGAGUUACCAUGCCAAGCCCGUCCAAGUAACCAGCAGCCAGUCUUACGGAUCUUUGAGCAGGAAAAAUCUGCCCAUGAGUCAGGCGCUGCAUAUCGAGACGCAGAGUGAUCCCAUUCCGUACCGAGCCUUGUACAAAUACAAUCCUCAGAACGACGACGAACUAGAGCUACUAGAGGGCGACACGGUCUACGUCCUGGAAAAAUGCGAUGAUGGUUGGUACGUGGGAUCCAGCAAUAGAACAGGAGCGUUCGGUACUUUUCCAGGCAACUACGUGGAAAAAAUAUAGCAGAAGAUAUCUCUUCAUCUCUUAUAGACAUAAGAGCCGAUUAAAAAAUUGGUGCCUCAGUUGGAAAAUCAACUGCCACUUCGCGAGAAUUAUAUCCUAUCAAUGCACAAUUUGACCAGAAAUAGUCGCUUGAGAUUGAGGACAAUUGAUACUCCAGAGGAGUUGGAUGUCAGAGGAAUUGUUAUUGCAUGUUUCAGAUUCGUGGAAAAUUGGAAGGAAAUACUUUUGAGGAAUCGAUAGUGGAGAAAACACAGUAAAGUUGUGCAACAAAGCUGAAGAUGACAACUGACUCUCCUCUCUAAUUCUUCUGGAGUGUCGACCAACUGUCAUGACGUUUCGCAAAAUACUUGAAAAUUCAAUACAACAAGGCUAACUAAAUGUCAUUGCCAUAAUAUAACAGCCAAUAAUUAAAAAUACCAGUGUACGUGUUUUGAAACCAGUUUUAGCUACUAACUUGGGCUUGUAGAUAAUAUUUUAAAUAACCUAAAAAUAGUUCUGUAAGCGUUCUAGUCAUUAGCCAAAUGAUAAUUUCUAGGUUAAGUAAUAGCGUAGGUCAUGUACGAUAUUUUAUUUGCACCAAAAAUAUUCGAUAUAGUCUUAACGUGUUCUUCCAUAAUGUUCAAUUAGUCGGCUGUACAUAUAAGAGAAUGUCGAAAGGCUUCCGGAAAACGCAAUUUUCCAGAUAUUUUUGGAUUAAUGGCAUAUCACGAUGUACCUCCUGUAGAUCGUUUUUCCUGUUUUAGUAACCCCUCGAGGAGUGCCUUCUUGACCCGUAGUCGAUUAUCUGACAAUAAACUGUCGACGUAGGAGUAAAAUCUAUGAAUUUAGGAUCGUCGCUGUUUUUGUCUGUUGUUAUUGUUUCCAGACUAAUACUGAUUUAUAUUUACACUGUUAGAUAAAAACUAUAUUAUUAGCUUCACCAGAGAGCCUGAUGUCACCUUUGUUUGUAACAUUUUUGUUUUUCAAUAAAAUAUUUAACGUUGAA